AUGAGCUUCAGCACCAGCUCCACCGACAACCUGGUGCAGCAGCAGAUCAAGUCCAAAUUUGUCUCCAAAGCGAUCCUGGAUGAGCAACAAACCGAAAAGCCCAUCGGUGCAUCCGGCGGAUUCAACUACGAUGAGGACCAAGAGGACUCGGCGCCAUAUGACUCUCGACCGCUCUAUGAGCGUCUGCAAGAGCGCAAGCAACGUGAGGAGGAAGCUUUUGCAGAGAAGAUGAAGUUUGGCAAUUUGAUCAAGAAAAUCGAUGAAGACGAGUUUGAGUUUCUGAUGAACCAGCACGAGGAAGAGGCCAUGAAGCGGAGCGAAAUCCUGUCCAUCGAAAGGAAAGAGCUGGAGGAGUUUCGCAAGGCUGUUCUGGAUCAACCUACGCCUGCUGCGGCUCCUGUUCUGGCCCUCGGCAAGAGCUCAACUCCAGUGACUCCGGCUGUGAGAGCAAAGGACUUUCAAAAAGGACUGCUUUCGGGCAUCCAGGUCAAGAAGCGCAAGUCCCUUCAGUCAGAGGAGCCCGACGGCAGCUCGGCUACGGCACCCAAGAGAGAACGACUGCAAGAGUCUCCGAUCCCACCGACCUCGGCGACAGGAGCUCGGCCGAUAGCAUCCCCCAUAUCCAAGCCCGGUCGCGCCGAAACGAUAUCCUCGGCACAGCCAGCAUCGGCUGGUCCAAAGCCGGGACUGAGUGCUCUUCUGGGUGCAUACGGAGACAGCGACGACGAGUAG